UACUGGGGCGGGGUGAGUAGCUAGGAGAGGAGGAGCACGCGUCGUCGUCGUCGUCUUCCUCCUCCUCCGCUCUUCUCUUCUCUUCUCCGCAUCGCAUUCAUUCAAGUCUAGUCUCUAGUAGACGACGAAUUCGAGAUCGAAUCGAUCGAUCAGAUCCCUCUCCUAAACUAUACCAAACCCUAGCCCUAACCUCAUCCACCUCUCCGCCCGCCCCCCUCCCUCCCAUCUGCCCCAAACCCUAACGAUGGCCUCCGCUUCCGAUUCGGACGACGCCGACGCCGAUUUCUUCGACAAGCUCGUCGACGACGAUGACGCCGAUACCAACCGUCGCCUCGCCUCCGACCUCACGCCGCCGCCUUCUCGACCGGAGCCGGACCAGGCCGCGCCUCCUCCUCCACCUCAGCCUCACACCGCCCCGCCGCCCCCUCCUCCUAAUGCGGAACCCGAGGCCCCUCCUCCUCCUCAGCUGGAGGUUAAGGCCCCCGCCGCCACACUGCCACCAAACCCAGAGGCCGCCUCGCCGGGCUCCGCAAAGGACGUCCAUACCGCCGUCAAGCAGGUGCAGUGGAGCGCCUUCGCCACCAACAGCGGUGUCGGUGGGGAUGAUCCUUUUGGAGAAUUCAUGGGCGACGAUGCAUUUUUUGGAGGUAAUAAUACUCAUACCAUGACGGGUGAUCAGCCCAUACAGGCUUCACUUGUACCUCCUACCACUAGUACCAUUGGCUCCAUGGAUCACCAAUUCUCCAAUCAAGUGGAUAACAUCGCCGAUUCACAGCCCGGAUGGCCUGCUACUGCUGCCGAGUUUAUGGAUCACAACACUAGCGUACAGUCAGACUCAACCACCGCCGCUGCUGUCGACUCCACAUCCACCGAUCCCAAGUAUUUUGAGAGCCUCUACCCUGGCUGGAAGUACGAUGAAGCGACGCAACAGUGGUAUCAGGUGGAUUCUUCUUACACUGCACAGGGUAAUGCUGACAAUCUUGGUGCUUUACCGGUCGUUGGGGGUGAUAAUGUUCACCAGCAGCAACAGCAGCAGCAGCAGCAGUUCACCGUUUCUUACUUGCACGACUCUUCACAGGCGGGGUUGGAGACCAUCGCAGAGGAGGGAAGCACCAUGGCUACAAGCUGGACCCCGAAUGAGAGCAAUACAGGAGCCGUAGAGUACCCGUCCAACAUGGUGUUCUACGCUGAAUACCCAGGAUGGUACUUUGACACCAAUACUCAGCAGUGGCUCUCACUGGAGUCGUAUCAGCAAGGUGGUGUGCAGGCAGAAACUACUGCAGCAGCCUCAGCUGGAUAUGCAGGAACAGGCCAUAAUGUAGCUCAAACCAGUGAUUCUUACACAGGUGACUAUAGCCAUCAGGGACAACAGCAACAUGGCUCGUUGGGUGAUAACAGCUUGUCGGAUAGUUUUUAUGGUUCCAACCAGCACACUGAGAAUCAAACUGCUCAGCAGGCAAAUGUCGAGUCAUUGGAAUCUUCUAAGUAUUAUCAUGCUGAUAUCAACACAUAUGCGCAUUCUACAAGUCAGUACACUAGUAGUGAGGAUCACCAGGCGAGUUACAAGGGAUUCGGAUCUUCCACUAGUCAUCAGAGUGUUUACAAGGGUUUUGAACCAUCUGUAGGUCAUCAAAGUACUUUUACCAGCCAUCAUAGUGGGUACAAUGGCUCUGAAUCUUCCACAGUCCAACAGGCUGCUCACCAGGGAUUUAAACCUUCUACAGGCAACCAGAAUUAUAAGGGGUUUGAGCCUUAUUCAGGUCACCAGUUGGGAUAUAAGGGAUAUGAUUAUUCUACGGGCCAGACUGGCCACCAGGAAUUUGGACCUUCUACAGAUAGUCAAGCUAACCAUGUGGCAUACCAACAGUUACCAAGCCAUUACAGCAGCUUCAAUGGUGCUGCUAAGCCACAAGACUCUGUUCCAACAGCAAACAUGCCCCAGAUGCAAACACGUGCUGAUUCUGAUGGAUGCAUGAAUUUGCCAAAUAACUAUUUGAGCACUGGAAGCUCUGUAAAUUUUGCGCAGCAGCAAUUCAUCAGUUCCAAUGCUUUACCUCAACAAUUUGGUUAUUCCUCCCAUGAGCAGAGGUCAUCAGCUGGACGCCCACCACAUGCUUUGGUUACAUUCGGAUUUGGGGGGAAGCUUGUAGUUGUGCGAGAGACCAUUUCAAUGUCCACAAACUUUGAUAGUGGGAAUCAGGGAAAUCCAUGUGGCACAGUGUCAAUUCUUAAUGUGUCAGAGAUUGUUUCUGAUAGAGUUGAUCAUCCAAGUAUCCCUAGUGGUAGCGCACUUAGUUACUUCCAUGCAUUGUGUCGUCAACCUAUUCCUGGCCCCCUUGUUGGUGGAAGUGCUGCAGCAAAGGAUGUGAACAAGUGGCUUGAUGAGAUCACCGGAGGCUAUGAUUCCUCUAUCAGGGAGUUCCAGGGAGGAGAUGAUCAGAAGUUGCUCAUUUCACUGCUUAAAAUAUUGUGCCAACACUAUGGAAAGCUCCGUUCACCUUUUGGGUCUGAUCCAUCGCAGGAGGGUAUAGAUGGUCCAGAGAUGGCAGUGACAAAACUUUUCUCAUCUUGUAAGAGUAGUGGUGCUCAUAAGGGAGAGUAUGGAGCCAUUGUCCAUUGCAUGAAAAACAUUCCGUCAGAAAACCAGAUCCAGGCUACUGCUAAGGAGGUUCAAAAUCUCCUAGUUUCUGGUAGAAGGAAAGAGGCUCUUCAGUAUGCUCAGGAAGGUCAGCUUUGGGGACCCGCAUUAAUCCUUGCUUUACAACUUGGUGAUAAGUUUUAUGUGGAUACUGUGAAGAAAAUGGCUUACCACCAUUUUGUAUCUGGAUCACCUUUGAGGACAUUGUGCCUUCUUAUUGCGGGACAGCCUGCAGAUGUUUUCAAUGCUGAGAACCCUGUUGAUGGCAAUUAUGGUAAUUUGCAUAUACCCCAACGGCCGGUGGAGGCUGUGAAUUCUAAGAGCAUGCUGGAUGAUUGGCAAGAGAAUUUGGCUAUUAUAACUGCAAACAGGACGAAAGGUGAUGAUCUUGUAAUUACGCACCUUGGAGAUUGCCUCUGGAAAGAGAAAAAUGAGGUGGCAGCUGCUCAUUCAUGCUAUUUAGCUGCGGAACUAAAUAUCGAGUCGUAUUCAGAAAGUUCAAGAAUGUGUCUAAUUGGUGCAGACCAUUUGAGAUGUCCUCGUACAUUUACCAGCCCUGAAGCUAUCCAGCGAACAGAGGUGUAUGAAUAUGCAAAAGUUCUUGGUAAUUCUCAGUACAUCCUCUUGCCAUUUCAACCAUAUAAGCUGAUAUAUGCAUACAUGCUUGUGGAGGUUGGGAAGGUUUCUGAUUCAUUAAGGUAUUGUCAAGCAUGCUUGAAGGUGCUGAAAGCAUCUGGCCGUGCACCUGAAUUAGAGGCAUGGAAGCAGUUGUUUUCAUCCCUAGAGGAGCGGAUACGCACCUACCAGCAGGGUGGUUAUGGUACAAAUCUAGCCCCUGCAAAGCUUGUUGGAAAACUUUUCACAUCACUUGAUAAAUCUUUGUCCCGCAUGAUGGGUACACAACCUUCAGCGUUGUCACCAGUGCCACAGGGCUCCUUAACCGAAAGAGAUUCCUAUUCGGCUCCUGCAGCUACAAAUUUUGUGAAUAAUCAGCCAGUGAUGGCUAUGUCUUCUUUGAUGUCUUCUGUUUCAGAGCAAUCUAUGAGUGAAAUGUCAGGAAAUACUGGCCCUGACAGAAAAGUCACACAUAACAGAAGUGUCUCUGAACCAGACUUUGGCAGAACCCCCAACCAGGGUGCAGGAUUAGAUAAUGCACAAAGCACAUCAGGUUCAGGUAGUUCACGUUUUGGAUGGUUGCUGCAGAAGACAAUGGGACUUGUUUCAAGAUCUCAUCAUCAGGCGAAGCUGGGGGAACAAAACAAGUUCUACUAUGACGAGAAGCUGAAGCGGUGGGUGGAAGAAGGUGCUGACAUACCUGCUGAGGAGCCUCCCCUUCCCCCACCUCCAACAAAGGCCUUGUUCCAGAACGGUAUUCCAGAUCAGAGUUCGAAUGGCCCAGGCAGUGUAAGUUAUACUGCUAAUGGAUUUUCAGAAGCAAGGCCUUUGAAUCCUUCUGGGCCUAGUUCAGGGAUGCCACCAAUGCCACCUAGCCAGAACCAAUUCUCAGCACGUGGACGGAUGGGUGUUAGAUCAAGAUACGUCGACACAUUUAACAAGGGUGGUGCAAGUGCCACUGGACCGUCAUAUAAUAAACCAGCCACCCCAUCCAUGAAUCCACUGUCUGGUGCCACUUUCUUUGUGCCAACUCCAGCUACUGUUGCGUCAGAGCAGAUCCCUGACCCAACAGUCAAUGUUCAUCAGGAUCAACCAUCUUCCACGAUAGCUCUGCGGGAAUCCUCGGCUUCGCCACCACCAUCAGUACAAUCAAUACCAGUUCAAUCAAAUAUUCAGCGGUAUCCAAGUAUGGACAACAUCAUGACCCCAUCUGGCAGUGGGAAUGGCAGCUCAUUCUCAAGGUCACGAGCAGCAUCAUGGAGUGGAGCAUAUUCAGAGCAGUUGAGCGGCAAUGCUGUUUCGAGAUCACCAGAUGGACAACGGACCAUGAUGCAGUCUCCGUUGAUUCCUGGACAGAAACAAUCCCACAGCCGUUCCAGUAGUAACUCAUCACUUCAAUUCAACAAUGGCCUGGGCGAGGAUCUUCACGAGGUAGAGCUCUGAUACCUGAACAAAAGGGUAAAAGAUGAGGUGCGUCCAUCGUGUAAAUCAAUCAUAUGGCCAUGUUUUGUUUUUCAUGUCAUUUUGUAUUUAAUAUCUAUGAUGUCUAGAGAGGAAACAAAGGAGCGGCGUCCCUUUUCUUUUCUUUUCUUUUUUUACAUGAAAGAAGUAUGCGGAUGCCGUUGUACAGAUAGAUCACUGCCAGUUGAUUUGAGAUGCCAAAGGAAAGAAAUGACUUGGUGUAAAGUGAUUACUUUGCUACUUUCUUUUACCCCUUUAGAGCAUUUGUUCAUUUAUUUGAAAACAAGGAUGGUCUGAAAUAACAAUGCCGUGUGGCUGAUAAGGGCAAAUGUUGUAUAUACCGUAUCA